UGUGUGGUGCGCAUCAUAAACAAAUCAUGCUUGCGUAAACUUACGGCCGAAUAGUGUUGUGUUGUGUGUGAAGAAAGGUACCUAUAUUUUAGUAAAUAAUUGUACCUGACCAAAAUACAUGAAGUAACAAAUAAUUUUAGAAAAAAAAACUAGGUACCUACAAUUGGUGUCUGUUGACCUAGUCGCACUAAAUUGGAAAAUUUAUUUCAACCAAAGGCUGCUCCACAAAAGUUACAACUAAGAAAACCAACACAAUGACUCAAUGGACAUGGAAACACAACGCGUCUUGCUGCAUCGGGCAUCUUCGGAAAGGCGAUGAGCCUUCGGAACUCUUCGCCAGGUCGCGGGGGGGUAUAUCCCCCCUGUUUUGGAGGCUCCCGAUCCUGAUAUGGGCGUUGCUGGUCAUUGGCUGGUCCAGUGCCGGCUUUUGGGGACCUCCGGAGAUGUUCUUCCUGUAUAUGACGCAUUGGGGACUAAUACUGAUAUUGGUGGAGUCUCUGUUGGGCGUUGCUGUUGCAAUGAUGAAGCACUGUGGAACGUUGCCUGAUGCAACGUUUGGUCUGCCGUGGUAUGUCAAAACUUACUGGGUCCUGUACAACAUCACCAUUCCUGUCGCCUUUCUCAUCACCAUAUUCUACUGGGGUGUUCUAAAAACAUCUGGGAGAAUGGUGAACUACGCCCCAAACCCAGUGCUGGACGUGAUGCUGCACGGCGUCAACUCGCUGGUGAUGCUCGUGGAGCUGGUCGCGUCGGCACACCCUUCACGGCUGGUCCACAUAAUGCAGCCGCUGUACUUCGCACUGGCUUAUCUGCUGUUCUCAGUUGGAUAUUACGCGGCUGGUGGUUUGGAUCCAUGGGGUAACCCUUUCAUCUAUCCCGUGAUCGACUGGUCGAAGCCAAACCAGACGAUGGUGGUGGUCACGUUGACUGCACUGUUCCUGGCCCUGAUGCACAUCCUUACUGUUGGGAUUGCUGCCUUGCGUGACGUCAUCUCUAGAAAGUACGUCAGAGAUUCUACGGGAGUUUACAAUGAUGGAUUCAAGGCUUGAAAACAGAAUGCAAAGAAAUGAACCAAGUGGUACUUUUAGUGACAUCGAGAUGUGUUCAAAGUGACGUGUAGAUUUGCAGAUCAAAUAAGCAUUGGUGCUUGUCGUGCUAAUAUGUGCUUUACUUAGUCUUAGGACACUAUUUAUGUCUAUUUAAGGGCCUGCCGGCCGUCAAUGUGUCAUGGACUUGUAUUCCUAAAGGUGUCGUACGUAUUUUUCCUCGUUAUGUUCGAUUCCAUCCUGUUGUCAGCCAAUGCCAAACUACAGCGCCUUAUUUAUUUUAAGUAAAUAGAAGUGCCUGAUGUAAAAUUACUUAGUUAAAGUUACCUAUUACAGGCGUUCUUUCCGUUUUAAGGCUCAAUGUUUUUAAUAAAGUUAUCGUGUGAGAAAAAAAAGACAAAUGAGGAAUCUAGGGAACAACGAUAAAAUUAGAACAUUAUAUUUGUUUUCAAGUCUGUUCUUAAAGAGUACUUUUCGUUUGUUCUAAGUAGUACUCCUAUUGUUCUAUCUAUACUAUGUAUAACGUAAGUUAUUAGGUUUAAGACAUAGGCACUAAAGACUGUGAUAGAAUUAUUAAAGCCUACUGUGAUUUUAAACUUUUGCUGACGCCUAAAACUGUCAGCUAAGUUUUUCUCAUGCACUUAAAUGCAGCAAAAGUAUUGAAUUUUAUAAGAUGGUUGCUCCAUAAAUUGAGUUGGAUAAGUACAGUGCACGCAAUUUAUAAUGAGGUGAAUGGAAAAAAUGGUGAGUGAAUGGAAUUACAUGCACGACUAAACAAAUAUGGAGAUAUGAACUAAAAAAAAUACAAUAAAUGGCAGCGGCCACUUCAUUACAAGUCAUAUUGUGUGUAUUAUCUAAUUUGAUGGUGCGAUUUCUAUAAUUUUUUACCAAUUUAGACUUAUAAUGUGGUUUGUAACCUUCAAGCUCAAUUAUCUAUGAUUUAUUUAGUAACUGUAAAUACUUAAGGUUAUUUUUUGUAUGGAUUAUAGUUAUUUUCUUAAAUACUAUUUGUCAAGGAUGAAAACAUGUUUUUGAUCUUUAGAAUAAUGAGGUCAUCUAGAUUGUUAAGGUUAUUUUUUUUUUCAAUUAUUAUUAAUUGGAUGUUUGUGCUCUGUCAAUUAAAGAUGUACCUAAUUGAAUACGUAUAUGUUUGAUAAAUGGUAACUUGAUAAAAUGAUAAUAUACAAUCAUGUGAAUCUUUCAGGUCAUUAAGCACUUCUCGUGCAAUUUUGUGAGCAGAUUUUAUAGGUAAUAAAAUAGAUUUUGUG